AUGUUCACAAAAUUAUACUACCUGGGAUUAGACUUUAUUUUUACCCAUGCAGAAGGAAAGUUUGUAGAUUCAACUGUAAAGCUUUCUGAGAAGAUGAAACUGGAAUACAUAUAUCCAAAAAAAGCUGUGAUAAUCCAGACAUCCUGGAUGAAACAUAAUGUAACUCAUAAAGAAAAUAUAGCUGUCUUGCAUCCAGUCUAUGGCAUACAUAUUGAAAACAAAUACAAAGGAAAACUAUAUUUUGAAAAUGCUUCCAGGGAAGACAUGUCCUUCAUCAAGAGCACUUUGGAAGAUGUUGGUCUUUAUUUUUGCUGCAUUGUAACUUACCCUGAUGGAAUUUGGGAAAAGGUAAUAGAAAUUAUUCAGCCAGCUGAUGCUUUUGAAAUAUCUGAGAAACAAAAUAAUCCUGUAUUUACCAAGCCAGGAGGAAAUGUCACUUUUACUUGCCCUUAUAACUGAAGAGAUUUAGUUCAGCAAGUGAUGUGGGAAAGGAUUAAAGCAGAUCACAGAGAUACCAUUGUCCACUGUAAUUCAUUAGGAGAGAGACGCUUUGGUGCAGAUUUCAAAAAGUGUGCACUGGUGGAUUGCUCUGAUCAAGCAAGCUCCAUGAUUGUCAUUCAAAAUGUUUCAGCCUCUGACUUAGCAUCAUACCGCUGCAUGGCUACAGGAAGAAACAAAACCUAUGUGAUGAUUUUCACCAUGCUUGCAACUUGGGCUCUCUAAUGGUUUAUUAACUACAUAGCUGGAGGAAUAUCUGCUGCUGUUUUACUGCUAGCUUUCCUACUGUUUUUCUGCAUCAUCACUGCUUAUCACAAAAACUGAGUAACAAAUAAAUUUGCUUAAUAUAGAGGCAUGAAUGUAUGAAGGUGUUGACUG